UCUGACAUGUUUAGCGAAUGGAGUUCUGCUACAAAGACUGGACUCGGAUAUUUUUAGGCAAGAUGGGGAAACUAACCCGGAAAAGGAAACCGCACCGCUACUUAGCCCCUGGUCCCGGGCCUGCCUUUCUUUUGUAAGUCACUCUUGCAUAAGCUGCCGCUCCCGAUAAGGUGCCAAGAGCUCUUCCGCCCCUCUAAGGAGAGCGUGCCCUCACUCAAGAUGGCGCCUAGAGAGCUUCAGACCUGGUACGCUACUGAUUGGAUGAAGGAUAGAGGGCUUCCGGGAGUUUUCAAGCCGACUGUGGGGCAGCUGAGAGGAGUUUUGCACGUGGAUCGCCGUUCGGAUGGGCGAGAUGGAGACAGCCCCCAAGCCGGGCAGGGAUGUCCCGCCCAAGAAAGACAAACUUCAGACCAAGAGAAAGAAACCGCGGCGAUACUGGGAGGAAGAGACUGUUCCGACCACAGACGGAGCCUCUCCAGGGCCUCCUUGUAACAAGAAGAAUCGGGAGCUCCGUCCUCAGAGACCAAAAAAUGCUCACAUAUUAAAGAAGUCUCGGAUCUCUAAGCAGCCUCAGGUCCCGAAGAAACCCCGAGAGUGGAAGAACCCGGAGUCCCAGCGGAGCUUGUCCGGGGCCCAAGAUCCAUUCCCAGGCCCCGCCCCCGUCCCUGUGGAGGUGGUCCAGAAGUUCUGUCGUAUUGACAAAUCCCGAAAGCUACCACGUUCUAAAGCCAAAACUCGAAGCCGACUUGAGGUGGCUGAAGCUGAGGAAGAGGAAACAAGUAUCAAAGCUGCUCGUUCUGAGCUGCUGCUUGCUGAGGAACCGGGGUUUCUGGAAGGGGAGGAUGGGGAAGACACAGCAAAGAUAUGCCAGGCUGACAUUGUGGAGGCUGUGGACAUUGCAAGUGCAGCCAAGCACUUUGACUUGAAUCUGAGGCAAUUUGGGCCCUACAGACUAAACUACUCUCGAACUGGAAGACACCUGGCUUUUGGAGGGCGCCGAGGUCAUGUGGCUGCCCUUGAUUGGGUAACAAAGAAGCUUAUGUGCGAGAUCAACGUCAUGGAGGCAGUGCGGGACAUCCGGUUUCUCCAUUCUGAGGCACUGCUUGCUGUUGCCCAGAACCGCUGGCUCCACAUCUAUGACAAUCAGGGCAUUGAGCUCCACUGUAUCCGCCGGUGUGACCGAGUGACACGGCUUGAGUUCCUGCCCUUCCACUUCCUCCUGGCUACAGCUUCAGAAACAGGGUUUCUGACCUACCUGGAUGUAUCAGUGGGGAAGAUCGUGGCAGCUCUGAAUGCUCGAGCUGGGCGGCUCGAUGUCAUGAGUCAGAACCCUUACAAUGCUGUCAUCCAUCUCGGACACAGCAAUGGUACUGUGUCUUUAUGGAGUCCAGCUAUGAAGGAGCCACUGGCAAAGAUUCUCUGUCAUCGUGGUGGGGUCCGGGCUGUGGCAGUAGAUUCUACAGGCACGUACAUGGCCACCUCUGGCCUAGACCACCAGCUGAAGAUCUUUGACUUGAGAGGGACCUACCAGCCUCUGAGCACUCGGACCCUGCCCCAUGGAGCAGGGCACCUGGCCUUCUCCCAGAGGGGACUGCUGGUGGCGGGAAUGGGUGAUGUUGUCAACAUCUGGGCAGGGCAGGGCAAGGGCAGCCCACCCUCCCUUGAACAGCCCUACCUCACCCACCGGCUCUCAGGCCCUGUGCAUGGCCUUCAGUUCUGCCCCUUUGAAGAUGUGCUAGGGGUGGGGCACAGUGGGGGCGUCACCAGCAUGCUGGUCCCUGGGGCCGGUGAGCCCAACUUUGAUGGCCUGGAGAGUAAUCCUUACAGAAGCCGGAAGCAACGCCAGGAGUGGGAGGUGAAGGCCCUGCUAGAGAAGGUACCUGCAGAGCUUAUUUGUCUUGACCCGCGAGCCCUGGCCGAGGUGGAUGUCAUCUCUCUGGAGCAGGGAAAGAAGGAGCGGAUAGAGAGGCUGGGCUACGACCCGGAGGCUAAGGCUCCCUUCCAGCCAAAGCCAAAGCAGAAGGGCCGCAGCUCCACAGCAAGCCUGGUGAAGAGGAAGAGGAAGGUCAUGGAUGAGGAACACAGGGUAGAUGAGUAUUGGGAUGGGCCGGGCCUUCCACAGGCUGCACCCUCCUGCUUGUGCCUCUGCCCUUGUCAGCCUGCCACUUCUCACUGUCCCUGUGUCCUCCCCCUCUCCGGUCCCCAGGACAAGGUCCGGCAGAGCCUGCAGCUGCAGCAGCAGCAGCAGCAGAAGGAAGCGAAGGCCAAGUCCACAGGGGCCCGGCCAUCUGCCCUGGACAGAUUUGUGCGCUGAGCCAGACUCCAGGGUUGCCUGGGAACAGUCUCUCCCCGAGAUCACCUGUAGGGAAAAGAGUGUUCCCUGGAACAAGGAGGUGGGGCACUGUGGUCCUUUCCCCAACUGGGGGUGGACAGCUGGCUCCUGGGGUGGGUUGGUAUUAAAGAGGAAAGCGAUUUUUUGGA